AAGAGGUCCGGCCUAUAAAAUAGAUUCAUUUAUGAAUAAAGAAACAGGGAAGAUUUCAGUGUGUUUCAUCUCCACUGUCUACAAGUGUACAACUCUGAGGAUCAUGAGAACAUUUCAGUGUGGUGUCUAAAGUUGUUGUUUGAUUUGCAGGCAUUUGUUUGACUUCAUUGAUUGUCUCUGAGCAGGUAGCAGCUUCCAUCCACUGACCCAAAGACAUUCCUGCUGUGGAAGGUUUGAGAAAAUAGCACACUGGUAGACACGGGCAAGAGUAAAGAGGUGGGUGAGGGACAGAGGGAGGGUUGUGGUGAUGGCAUCGUACAUGGAGCAGCUGUCCUUCCCUCAUCCGUGAGAAAGAGAAAGUAAGAGGUUCCUGCCAUUAGUCACUAUUGUAAUACGACACUGUUAUCAGCGGUGGACAGCAGAACCUCCUAAACUGUGAUUUAAAUUUUACUAAUCACAGGAAAUUUUUCCAUCUCCAAGAAAAUCUACAAAAACUCCACAAGCGUCUUACGGUCAUCAUGUCCCUCCUUUAUAUUUCCAUCUUAUGGGUCACUGCCUGUGUGGACAGUGCAGAAUCUCUGGUUAAUGUAUCAGCUCCAGUGGGUUCCACAGUCCUCCUGCCAUGUAAACUGACUGAAGUCUUCACCCAAACAUCAGUUAUUCAGUGGCAGAUCAACAAAAAAGAUCUUGUGUUUGAGAGAAGCAGUGAUGCUACGAGUUCAGGUUCAGGAUAUGAAGGCCGUGUGGAUAUUCCUCUGGAUGAACUACAUAAAGGAAACUGUUCCCUGGUGUUGAAGAACGUCAGAAUCACUGAUGACCAUUUAUACAGUACCUUUACAGUGGAACAUGUGGACAGUACUAACCCUACAGAGGCUAAAGAAAUCACCAGUGUUAGUCUCUCAGUCGAUGUCCUUCAGUUAUCAGCUCGAGUGGGUUCCACAGCUGUCCUGCCGUGUGAAUGGAGCCAUCUGUCCAUCCAGACACCUCAUGUUGAGUGGUUCAUCGAUUCUGAGAUUGUGUUUGAGAGAAAGGGUAAAGAGUCAUUUCAGGGUGAAGGAUAUGAGGGCCGUGUGGAUGUUCCUGAGGACGAGCUGCUUAAAGGAAACUGUUCCCUGGUGUUGAAGAACAUCAGUGUUACUGAUGCAGGAAUCUACAGCAGCUCCAUGCUAGUGAAAGACAAACAGGAACACAGGAACUUCUUGGUCCAGAAGAUUAAACUGUCAGUUGAUGAUGGAAUCAGUAAUGAGAGAGGUUCUUCAUCUGAGGAUUCAGAUUCACACCAGACUGGAGGGAACAUCUGGAUUAUCUGGUUAUGUGUUGGGAUUGGAAUUGUAAUCAUCAUCGGCGUGUAUGUGUGCUACAGCAGGUUACAAGGAAAAUCAUCAUCAUCAGUAUCAUCAUCAUGCUGCAGUCGCACCACCAACUCCACUGAACAGGACGGUCAUCAGGGCAGUGUGCUGUACAAAAGAAGGUCCAGGAAAUCUACUAAGAACAACACAGCAUUAGAUAUGGACAGUGUGACCUCACAGCCACAGAUACACUGACCGACACUGACCACAAAGACAUUGUUCUGCUCUGAUCUCAUCAUGGAAAACAGAUCAUCUUAAACUUAAUCCCUGCAAGACUGAGCUGCUGUUCAUCCCUGGAGCAGCAUCACCAUGUCAGGAUCUUCUGAUUUAUCUGGAAAACUCUCAGACUUCACAUCAUGGACAACCAUCUGCUCUUCUAACUAACCUGACUUGGUCAUGGCUUCUCCUCUAUGUAGCAGGGAUGUGUUUUUACACCAGAUUAUAAAUAUAUUAAUAAAUAGUGAAUUAUUAUGUCAUUAGAUUGCAGCAAUGGGCACAGCAUGAACGAUGGCUGAUGUCAUGUGAAGGAUAAAACUUUAUAGUUGAGGUGGAAUCUGGGUUCAGUUCCUCUCAGCAGUGCCCUUGGAGGGGACAGGUACGAUUCUGCCAGUUUUGGCUAAUUUGUAAAAGAAUUUCCAUCAGGAUCAAUAAAGUUCUAUCUUGUCUUAUCUUUGUCAUAUUAAUACCUAUUGUAAUUAUUCAUUUCAUGUUUAAAGAGUUGAAUAUAAAGGUAUUACCAGCAAAAUGAUUGUCACGUUCAGGGAUUAGUUCAAAUUAAUAACAUAAUGUACUGUUACUCUUUUUUUUUUUUUUUUUUUUUACAAGGGACUUUUUACUACAUCUUUAUUUUUUGGCUGUUUGUGUUUGUGCUGCACAGGAGAUAUGUGCUAGUGGCUAACAUGGAUGUUUAGGAAGAAAGCUUUAUUAAUAUUACAUUACAGCACAGUGAAAUUCUUUCUUCAUAUAGUCCAAUCUUGGAGGUUGGGGUCAGAGCACAGGGUCAGUCAUGAUGCAGUGACCCUGGAGCAGGGAGGGUUACGUGCCUUGCUCUGAGGCCCAGUGGUGGUAGCUUGUGGUGGUGCUGGUGAGCCUUAAUGAGCUUCCACUGCCCCUUUAUAAUUUUGUGAAUUGUGUGACCUUGUGUAUUGAAUCUUGAUAUUCUGUGAUUAACAGGCAGGACAGAGCACCACUGAGCCUAGUCUCUGUCUCUGUAUGUCUUUCACUACACAGGUACUGAGAACAAACUGCUGACAACACAACACAGCUUUGUGUGUAGGAUUUC